AAUCAUUCUUCAUAUGCCACCAAUUUGCGAUUGAAUAAAAAGCGAAUAAAAUCGACCUCACGUUGAUUUGCUCUUUAAUUCAGCCGUUUGUGUUCAUUUUUUCUGUUUUGGCAUGCUGUCAUCAUCACCAGGUAUGCAUGAAAUCAUCUACUGCUUGUGUGAUUUCAUUUUCUCCCCUCAUGCAUGUCCUUUGUCCAGAUUUGCUGAGGGCACAACGGGUUUGAUGCCCACUGCUCCAAAAUGGAGCACUCAGAUUUGAUGUCACACAAAAACGGGCGGCAGAGGAAGCUGGCAGGUGCCACCCUCCCACCUGAAAACAUGAUGGACAUGGACAGGGGAGAGACCAGCUCCUCUGAACCAGAGGAAGCAGAGGGUCUGAUCAGAGGGUCAGACUCUGAGGACAGGAGGCACAGAGUUCGGCCUGGGAUCGGUGGCGAGUUGGGGAACGUGUUGCUUCUUCUGUUUCUAUACGUGCUGCAAGGGAUUCCUCUGGGACUGGCUGGUAGCAUCCCUCUGAUCUUACAGAGUAAGAGCGUCAGCUACAAAGACCAAGCCUUCUUCAGCUUUGUCUUCUGGCCAUUUAGUCUUAAGCUUCUCUGGGCACCGCUGGUGGACGCGCUCUACUUCAGCAGAUUUGGUAGAAGAAAGUCAUGGCUUGUGCCCACACAGUACCUGCUGGGCCUCUUCAUGCUCUACCUGUCCUCGACGGUCAACUCACUAUUGCAGAGUGAGGGAGGACCGAAGGUGGUGACACUCACUGCAGUCUUCUUUAUGCUUGCCUUCCUGGCAGCCACACAGGACAUUGCUGUAGAUGGCUGGGCCUUGACUAUGUUAUCCAGAGAGAAUGUGGGAUAUGCUUCUACUUGCAACUCUGUGGGCCAGACAGCUGGAUACUUCCUGGGUAAUGUGCUCUUUCUGGCUCUGGAGUCUGCAGACUUCUGUAACAAGUACCUCAGAACAGAGCCCAAGGACACAGGCAUCGUCACUUUGUCAGACUUCUUGUUUUUCUGGGGAGUAGUGUUCCUGGUAUCCACAACAUUGGUAGCCAUCAUGAAAAGGGAGAAUGGGCACGGUAAAGGGAAGAGGAGAGUCCAAGAGGAGACGCAGGGCGUCAUGGAAACCUACAAGCUGCUGAUCUCCAUCAUCAAGAUGCCCACAGUCUUCACCUUUUGUUCCCUGCUUCUCACUGCUAAAAUGGGCUUCUCCGCGGCAGACGCAGUGACCGGUCUGAAGCUGGUGGAGGCUGGAGUUCCCAAGGAACAGCUGGCAUUGCUGGCAGUGCCCAUGGUGCCUCUGCAGAUCCUACUUCCUGUGGUAAUCAGCAAAUACACAGCAGGGCCCCGGCCUCUGGAUGUCUUCUACAGGGCCUUCCCUUUUAGGUUGCUCAUAGGGCUUGGGUACGCUCUGCUGGUGUGGUGGACCCCCAGUCUGAAACAAGAAGGAGGGUUCCCUGUUUACUACUAUGCCAUUGUGCUGCUUAGCUACGCAUUGCAUCAGGUGGCGUUGUACAGUAUGUAUGUGGCCUGUAUGGCCUUCCAUGCCAAAGUGAGUGACCCCCUCAUCGGCGGGACCUACAUGACCCUAUUGAACACCGUCACUAACCUCGGAGGAAACUGGCCCUCCACUGUGGCUCUGUGGCUGGUGGACCCACUGACCUCUAAGGAGUGUCAGGGGGCUGUGGGGCAGAGCUGCGGCUCUCCAGAGGAGACAGGGCUGUGCGUUAAGGAGGGCGGCGUUUGUGUGACCACAUUGGACGGCUACUACGUGGAGUCAGUGGUGUGUGUUGUGAUUGGCUUAGCCUGGUGGCUUUGGCUAGGGAAGAAGAUGAGGCGGCUACAGGAGCAGAGCCCCGCUGCCUGGAGGUGCAGAGCUACUUAGUGAUGACGCUAUCAUCAGUACAACAGACUCUUCGUAUACUCUGCUCCAAAAACAGCUGAAUGGUGGACAUACCAUAUCACUCCAUUGUCAUCCGUCUGGUUUAGUGGCUCUGGUCCUGCUCACCUUUCACCUCAACUACAUAAAUCUGGUUAAAGACAUGUUCCUCUGGAGGGAAACAUCUGUCUUCUCAUUACUUAUGCUCAGUGUGACAGUGCCCUGAAGACUGAAACAACCAGUCAGACUAGCUAAGUUUUUUUCUAUUUUUUUUGUUGUUUUGAAAUCCUUUUCCACUGCUGGGAAACCAAAUGAGAGCUGGGUCACAGAUCAUGUUCAAGUAUCUUUCUGGGUUUGUUUCUUCCUGCUCUGAUAGCCAGUUUGUUGAGUUUAUUAUAUCUGAAGCACAAAAUGUAAGCAAAUGAUACGUUUUUGAAAUUUGAGCCCACGUAAAAAUAAAUCUUGUUCAGCAGUAAAGCCAGCACUUAAGACCAUUUAAUCAAUAUCAAAAGGAUACUAAAGGGACAAUGCAUACAAAUGCGCCAAACUGACUGUGUGCGCUGGAUACGAUUUCCUAUCUGAAGUGGUUAAUCCAAGUGAAUGAAACCCAGUGUGAAGACUGUCUUUCAUUUCAUUUGACUCAGAUCUGAACCAAUGGUUGUUAAUGAUCAUAAUUAUUAUUAUUUACAUUUUAUUUUUUCCUCUGGAGUGAUUUGUGCCUUGUUUAGUGUUUCAAAGUCUUUCAAAGAAUACCUUGUUGAGGUAAAUAAUCAAGGCAGGGGUUAUUACAGACAUUUGAAGUUGUUAAAUUGAUGAACACGCAUUGUGUAAAACUGUUACUGUAGUUUGGUAGAUUACACAAAACAUGACUACUUUCAUUACAUCAGUUAUUUCUCUUUGUUUUUUCCAUACUGAAGAUAUGAUGAGGAGAACACAUUCCUCUUUUUUUGUUGAAGCAAUCUUUUUAUUUCUCCCAAACUUUCCUUAAAUCUGAACAGAUUUUCCCAUUAUAGGACCAAUUCAAACCUUUAAUAGCAAUAUUGGACGCUACUAUUAUUGAGACACAUUGUAUGUGAAAGGCCAGUAUGCUGUAUAGAACUUAUUAAUGCAACUAUGUAUUACAGGAAUCCCAAACAAGAGAUUUUAACAUCCAUAAAAUCCAGUUUACUGUAUAGAGAUCGCUCUGCAGAUCCAUCUGAGUGGGACAUUAAACACCAGACUGAGAUGUAUGUCAGGAAAUACAUGCAGUCAAUUUAUUGUCCCUUAAAACCAUUUAGAUAGCUGACCAGCAGCCUUGUGAGAAACUUGAUAACAGAUGCUCUGUGUAUGUUUUGCAUAUUGUACAAAGAACUGAGUGUUGCAGUAUUUUCUGCAAAGCCAGCAUUAAAAAUAAAACUGCUCUACCAAAUGUAAAUGUUGGAGUAAACAAUCAGGGUUCAUGUGAGGAAAAGAUAGAUUACUUUUAUUUUGUGAACUGCACAUAAAAGGUUUAUUCAUUUUUAGAUUACUGCCAGUUGUUUUUUUAAAUAUAUAUACAUGACAUGACUACAUGACUUUGUUUAUUGGGCCUUUCAUUUGUGUCUGUACCAGCACAUCACUGUAAUAUGACAACACUGCUUCCUUUGCCUUCAACAGGACACUUCAUCUGUUGUGAUUUUCUUUGAUAAACAUAUUAGACUGUGUGACUGUUGAUUUCAGCAACAUUUUUUUUUAAAAAAGUGUUUAUAUUUUACAUCAGGGUUUCUGAUCACUUUCUUUAGUAGCUGAAAUUACUUUUAGGUGGGGUGAACUGUUAUUUCAGCUGCAGAAAAAAUUCAGUUUUAAUUUCUUACCUAUGUUACCUCAUCAACCUUUUAAGGGUCUGAUGUGUUGAAAUUGCAGGUUGCAAUCAGCUAAAUGCCCUCUCUAGGGCCAAUAGAUGCCCUUAUUUCUACCGACUGGACCUUUUAAUUGAAGUUUUUUUUGCUGUCUUUUUAAUGAAAUUAGAUUUUUUUUUAAAUUUUGCACACUUUUGUUUACGAUGCCAACCCAAUCAUGUAAAGGAAAAGGUUAUCACAGGUUGACUGAAUAGUGACACAUUUAAAUAUGCUAGCAGCAGCUCUAUAAUGUUCUGAUAAUGAAUGUGAGAACCUUCCACAUUCACAGGAUGCAAUGAUAUUGAGAUUUGCAGCAAAUCUUGUAUGUAAAUUAAAAAAUUAUAUGCAUACU